GAAGGGCUUUUAGCAAAUGUCUUUUUUCUGCUGUGCUGCAAAGACAACAGUCGUGGCCGAACUAAUUUUUGACUGCUUUAUCUUAUCUCUCAUUUUACAGCUGUUCUGCUUGUGCUCACACACUUACAAAUUGUAUUUCUCAUCAAAAUGGCCAUCAUGAGAUUAAGUUUUUGUUCCCUAUUAAAUAUUACCAUUGGAUAGCUUUCAAGUGCUGGUGAAGUAGCAGUGCUUAAGAAAGACUUUUAUUCAUCAGUUUUACAAUGCUUUCAUUAGCCACAAUGGAAAUUUACAGCCCUCUCUGAUCCCCUGAGUGAAGUUACAGUUGAUCAUUCUCGUGCCAUGCUAAUCAUUUCUUUUCAUAUGCCAUAAAUACAAUGGUCUUAAUAGAGCGUUAAAUUAUCCAGAGUCAGACAUUUUGUUUUGAAAGUCUCGCAGACGCCUCACAAGAGACUUGACCUCUGAUUUUUCCACAGUUGAAUCAAAUGACUGUACGUUUCUCAAACUUGCAUAUAAUGGGAGUUUGGAGCUCUCAACUUGACAAUGACCCGACCUUGGUAACAGAGAAAUAGGCCAACUCUUGAUUUCCCGCACUGCCAAACUCUAACGACCUUGAAGCCACGGCAGCUCUCUGAAACAGCUUUAGCAACUUUAAUCCAAAGUAUCUGACAGUUUUUCUUUCCAGAAACCAGAACUUUUUCACACCUGCCCAAACCAAUAAAAUCAUAAAAAUAAAACUCUGUUGCACUUUGUAAAGGGUUGAGUGUUAUAACAAGCACUAAUCACGCUGUCAAGCCACGGCUGCAUGAGUUGGUUUGAAAGUGCAUGUGCAGUACCUUCUGCUAGCGCUUACUACAAGCAAAUGACAGUCAACAUACACUUAUAGACAGCAGGCCGCUUUUCAGAAUUGCAGCAGCUUGAUAGCCAGAGGAAACACAAAUAGAAAAUAAAGUGUAGAACUAAUACAACCCCAAAGAGCCUACAAAUGAGGCUUGACUCAGCUUAGCUUGGCUCGGCUGUAACAUGUCACACUCUUCCUGUGUAGGGAGAGCCAGGACUUCCAGGGCUGCCUGGACUUCCAGGGAUAAAGGGUGAGCCUGGAUUUCUCGGCCCCCAGGGAGAGCCAGGGCUGCCAGGACUCCCAGGAACUAAGGGGGAGAGAGGCGACCACGGGCCGCAAGGAAAGGGUGACAGAGGAGAACCUGGACCCCUUGGACCAAAGGGGUCACAAGGAGAGUCUGGUACACCUGGUCCUAAAGGGUCAAAGGGGGAGACUGGAGAUAAAGGAGAACAGGGAAUUUUUGGCCCAAAGGGUCCACCUGGGCAGAAAGGAGACCAAGGAGCCACUGAAAUCAUCGACUACAAUGGAAACAUUCAGGAAGCUUUACAGAAGAUUACCACUAUUACAGUAACGGGUCCUCCUGGCCCUCCUGGGCCACUGGGACCGGCAGGUAUAAAGGGGGAUCGUGGUAUGCCUGGUCUUCCUGGACUCGAUGGUGAAAGAGGCUACAAAGGUUCAAAAGGAGACAUGGGAAUGCCUGGAGCUUCAGGGGAGAAAGGAACAACUGGCCUACCCGGCCUACCUGGUGUCAAUGGGGUAAAGGGGGAUAAGGGAGAUUCAGGUCUACCUGGUCCUCAAGGUUCUUCCAUCAUUGGCCCUCCAGGAGCACCAGGGCCCCAUGGACCCCCAGGACCUAUGGGCCCCCAUGGUUUCCCUGGACCAAAGGGGGAACCUGGUUUGCAUGGUCUGAAGGGUAUCCGAGGGGAACCAGGACACAAAGGGGACCGUGGACCACUUGGUCUCCCCGGCAUGGAUGGGCCUGUGGGUCCAGCUGGUCCAGCUGGGCCGAAGGGCGACAUUGGUGAGAGAGGACCGGCAGGAGAGGCGGGACCAAGGGGACCUUAUGGACUACCUGGAUCUGCUGGAACACCAGGCUUGGAUGGUUUCCGGGGAUUUAAGGGUGAAAAGGGGGAACCAGGGCAGCCAGGUCUGGACGGGCUGGAUGCCCCAUGCCAAUUGGGCCCAGAUGGAUUACCAAUGCCUGGAUGCUGGCAGAAGUGAUCACUCUAACCUGAAACGCAUGGAGUUUGUAAAUAAUGCUUCUUUUAUGGUAUUUAUAGUUUUUUUAAUGGAAAAAAAUGUCUAAAAGAAAAAGAAGUCUAUGUGUACAAUGAUUCAAAAAGAGAUAACCGUCCUGAGUUUCACGCCCUAAGCUGCUUCUACUCACAUCACCGUGUGGAAAACAAAACGUGUGUGUCCGCUCUCUCACAUCCACAUCGUGGUGGAGCUCAGAUCCUUGGCUGGCGGCAGAACUUGUCUCUGUAGUCUUUGCAUGGCUCAGACUGACUGGAGCGUCGCAGCCCGACCAGAUUCACAGGAGACGUUGGCAAGAGGAGGAGGAAGUGGAGGAGGGGGAUCUGGACUGGCUCUCUAACACCAAACGCUAGGUGUUUUGUGUUGUUUGGUCUCAACAAGCUCACCGCCCAUUCACGCAGCAUCAUUUUCUAAAAGACUAAAAAGACAAAAAGAAAAAAAAAACUGUGCCAAACAGAACAUUGCACCCCUGACCCUGCAAAAGCAUGAGUAGUAUACUGAAACUAUAUUUAUAUGUAUUGUACAUACAUGUCACUGUUUUGUGGUUGCGUCAUGGCUUCUGCAGAAACAAAAAACAACACUAACAUAAAAAACAAACCAACAAACCCCAGAGCUCUGAAUUAGUUUCUGCUUUCCUUUAAUCUUCCCAAGGGAGUCACACCAUGGCUGGUAGCCUGAAAAUCUCCAGAAAGUAAAGCUGUUGGUUGUUGUUGCUUUAUUGUGGUGAUGCCUGCAGAGGGUGUGAUAUCAGCGGGUUUUCACUGUUGCACUCAUGUGGCUCAGCAUCAUCAUCAGUGUGGUGUCUCCCACACGUCUCCAAGCAAGAGGAGGGAACUUAGCAGGCUCGCUGCACUGUUGGGAAAACAAAUCAGGCUCACGCGGAUUUGAGAUGGGACAGGCCUGCUCGGGACCCCCCUCUGAGCACAGGGAUGGAUUCUUCAGGAGUCUCGAAGAGUCUCAUUGAUCUCCAUCGAGAUCAGCUGGAGCAGCUGCCUCUCCUAACAGGCAAUGCUUCAAGAUCUACUGAGAGCGUUAACAGAAUGCAAUCAUGUUUUUUCUUUUCUUAUUUUGUUUUUGCUCUCAUUCUUUAACAUUGUUUGUAUUUUGUGUAUAAUAGCCUUUGGUGCCUCAAGCUUUUAUUCAUUCCUUUAUCAGAAAUGUACGACUUUAUAUCAUAUUUUGAAUUAUUGGAAUGGUGUUUCUUUCAGGAGGGUAAGCUUUGUUUGGUAAAUAAGUAGUGAGAGUAUUGAGAAGACACACAUUGCGCACUGUUUUUCAUAUGAAUCAUUUUAUGAGAUGUUGAAAUAGCAUGUAGAUAGCUUCACCUGAGCUUACAGUAAGACUGCAUCCAUCUCGACUGCCUCCGAUCUUACUUACGGUUUUGAAGAAGCUCAUUGUUUGUGCAAAACAGAUCCAGCAUUAUAAAAAAGCUAUUUGUUCAUUCUGGACUUGUUGUAUGGGGUGUUAGUUGUACAGUGUUGUCAGUUCACUGCAUGUACACAAUUUAUUACUUAUAGAUUUCUUAAAUAUUGAUAAUAAGCAUUGAUUUAAGGAAGCGUAAAGCAUUGUUUCAGGGUGUGGGUUCGUUCAGCUCUUACUAAGCAACAAUCAGAUUCAGCUGAACAUACAGCAGCUGGUAUUUCACAUGUGUCCGAUUAAGGCAGAUUAUGUUAAACACUUUUACAAUAUUUUACAUUGUCUUAAACUAAACAUAUAUUACAGUGCAAGAAAAGCUAAAUUUGACAGACAAAGUUAAUUGGUCAACAUCCAUUAACACACCAUAGUCUAACUGGUGGCCAGUUUUGUCACAUUCCAUAACAGAUAGAGCAAAAGGUUUGUUUUUCAACAUAGUUUUUUCAUCUUUUCAUCUUUCUUUUAUUCACAUUGCCUUCUGAUGUAGUAGGUGCUAUGAGAGGUGACACAUUUCUUCUUUGCUUCAACGUUAUGAAUAUGCAUGAAUGAUUUACUGUAAGGGCAGAUGUGAAACACCAACAUUUUUGUUGUGACGUAGCAGCGACCACAGGUGGAUUCAAGAAGAUUUAUUCCCGUAUGGUUUCAGUUUGAUUGUACAGUUCAUCUCAUUGUUUUUUAAGAAUGGAUGCACAUCUGUAUAGACUAUAAUGGUGCUAUCUGAUAGGAGGUCAACAGCCGCUCAGUUGAUGCGCUCUACCAGUGGCAAGAACUACACAACAGGUUUCUUUAUUGUUGUUGGGGUUUUAUGUAUGUAACAAUUUUAAGUUUUCUGUGCAUAUAUUUGUGUAUGUGUCUCAAUAUUUUAAGUGGUACAUUAUUUAUUUUUCUAUAAUUUCUUAAAUGAAGGCAUUAUGGUUCUAAACAGCAUUCCUUUCAGUUGUUUUGGCUUUUGAUGUCAGUUUCUGCUGCAUCUCCUUUGAUAUUAUGAAGAAUUUUGCAUCAUACGAAGGCAUCCCAUGACAGUUAUGCAAAUGGAACAGUGUGAAGGAAGGUGGACAUUUACAGAAAACAGACCAGUGUGUAUUCACUGUGCAUUUAUUUCAGAUUAUAGGCCUUACAAUGGUUCGUCUGCUUUUAUUUAAUUUUGUGUGUCAAAAAGCUAACUAUGACAACAAAAUACUGAUGGCCUGAAUGUUGACAGGCUCAGCCAAUGCAACAAGUUAAAUAUCACAGCUUUUUCUCACGCUUCCUCUUCUCUAUCUCUCUCUCUCUUUCUCUUUCUCUUUCUCUGUCUCUCUAUCUCUCUCUCUCUGUCUCUCUCUCUGUCUCUUUGCAUUGAAUGUAGUUUGAUAUAUGUAUAGUGGAUUAUUAAUGUACUGUUAAAAUGUGUGCUCAUUUGACAAGAAGUGCAAUUUAUACUUUGGUUAAUGUGCGUAGCAUCAAAUGCAGCUGAAAUAUCACAUCAUUGUGAUCUCUGUAGCUCCAUUUGUUCAGUCAUGCGACGCUGUAUACCACUACCUGGAAAGAAAAUGUUUAUUUACCACAAGACAAAGAAACAAAUGUAAACAUGGACCUUUCAUUAAAUCUCAAUCUUUGAUUGGUUUAAAAAAUUUCCUCAAAUACUGCCCCUUCACUCGUGUUUCUAAACUUUAUUUCCAUUACUUAAUAUUUACUAAUUUUUGUUUUGCAAUGUUUUUUUGAUUUUCUUAUUUUGUGUUUUGAUUUCCAGCCUUUGUUACAGUAUUUGUUCUCACAAGUUGCUGUAUCGUUAGCAUGUGCAGCUAAUUUUUUAUUUGAUUUUUUUUGUUUGUUUGUUGUUUUUCCUUGUUAAAAUUUUGUUAAGUUUAGUUUAUUCUGCUAUUAGCAGAAGUGCCAAAAUAUUUCAAACAUUUAUUUCCAUAUCAGUAUUAGCAGAGCUUGUGAGGCGCUCCAAAAUGACUCACUUAAAGGCCACAUUUGUGUAUUUGUCAUUGUUGCACAAACGCUCUGAGUCAAGUCUUCCUCUGAAGAAAGCAGCAUACACCCAUGGGCCACACUUUACUCAUCCAAACCUCCCAGAUGAAAAGUGCUGGUGCAGGAUAAUUGACAAAGCACCAUCCACCUGCAUUAUGCUAAAAGACACUGGUCACUUAUCAGAAUUUCUUACAAAUCCCUCCAAUACACCACAGCCUUACUGAAAUAAGUGUAUUGCCACAUACUCUCCAAAAUAAGAUGCAGUCUUGGUGCAGGGGCAAAAAAAUGCUAAACAAAAUCCACGUUGUGGCUUUGAGUUAAAAGUGCAUUUUUUGGUUGUGGGAUAUGUUCAGUUUUUCUUAUUUGUUUGUAUUAUUCAUUUUUUUACUCACUUGAUUGACAUUUCUUUAAAGACCCUUGUGUUCACACUACAAGAUGACAUUUCAUAUGACUGUACUGUUGGAGCCAAAUAAACACAGUCUUUCAUAUACAUCAAACAA